CACCAGGGGGCAUGCGUCCGCCCGCCAGCUUUUCACCGACUGGCGCACGUACUAUUGCCGCUGAGGUGCCGGGGCCCCCAAACUGCUUGAUGCUCUCGUUGAACAGUACAAGUACCCGUCACCUAAGCUCUCUGGCCGGAUUUUCUUAAGCAGGGACGGCAUAGAUUCUGUUAAAUCUUUGAACAUCUAACUUCUUAAAUCUUCCGAUAUAUAAUAUACUCCUUUUCCGACUCGCCCUUGAGGAACUGUCAUAAAGGUACUAUGAGGUACUAUCAUGUAUCUUUGGCUACAAUUUGGUGCUCUUUAUCUUCCAUACAAUAAAUCGAAAAUUCUUCCUGUUGGUCCUAAUCUGCUUCAGUCAGGCAAGUUACAUCCUGUUACUACGUCAGAUGACAGGGCCAGCCACGGGCUUCCUGCGUAUCCAGUUUUUCCACAUUCUGUGAUUUCCACUGGCCAGACCGAACUGGCUUACGUUUCUCGCGAGGGUGCGAAGUCGCGAAGGAGUAAGAAAACAACAAAACAAAGCAAAAGCGAGAUGAGGGCAGGGUCCCAUCAACCUUGAUUGAAGAUCUGGAGAGACCUCAACGCUGCGAUUGAGUUUCAAGUCCAAGUAGCCCCUUUUCCCUGCAGGCUAAAGACUGCCUGGGGGCCCCCCCCCACCCCCCGCCAUUAUUACAAAUGAAGUAAUUGGGUGGCGGUCGCCCUCCUCGAAGAGUCUGUGGUUGGUUGGAGAAUUUCCCAGCGUCCCCUCCCGCACCGCCAUUGGGCGCUUCCGCGCCUACCAACGAGAGGUGAUCGGAGGGGCGGGGCUGCGCGGGGCGGGGUCCGCGGCAACGCGGUCACGUCACGGUCGACGGGCUGCGUGGGCGGGGUCUUCUUACUUUGAACCCGGUUGGCGGGAGCUGUGGCUGGAAAGGGGUAGUGGCUGAUGCUGCAGGCUUCCGUCUGGACUGGCUCACGAUGGAGGCCACUGCGGGGAGCGAGACGGAGAGUGGCGGAGACACGGUUACAGCGGAGUGCGCGAACAGGAUCCCGGUGCCAAGACCUCCCUCCAUUGAGGAAUUCACCAUAGUAAAACCCAUUAGCCGUGGCGCUUUUGGAAAGGUGUAUCUCGGGCAGAAAGGCGGCAAGUUGUAUGCUGUGAAGGUUGUCAAAAAAGCAGAUAUGAUCAACAAAAAUAUGACUCAUCAGGUACAAGCUGAGAGGGAUGCACUAGCACUAAGCAAAAGUCCUUUCAUUGUCCAUUUGUACUAUUCACUACAGUCAGCAAACAAUGUCUACUUGGUAAUGGAAUAUCUUAUUGGUGGAGAUGUCAAGUCUCUCCUACAUAUAUAUGGUUACUUUGAUGAAGAGAUGGCUGUGAAAUAUAUUUCUGAAGUAGCCUUGGCUCUGGACUAUCUUCACAGACAUGGAAUCAUCCACAGGGAUUUGAAACCAGACAAUAUGCUUAUUUCAAAUGAAGGUCAUAUUAAACUAACAGAUUUUGGGCUUUCCAAAAUUACUUUGAAUAGAGAUAUCAAUAUGAUGGAUAUCCUUACAACACCGUCAAUGGCUAAACCUAGACAAGAUUAUUCAAGAACCCCAGGACAAGUGUUAUCUCUCAUCAGCUCUUUAAGAUUUUACACACCAGCUGCAGAAAAAGACAAAGACUCUGCAAAUAUUCUUUCAACCCAUGUAUUUGAAACAUCACAGCUUUCUCAAGGACUAAUUUGUCCCAUGUCUAUAGAUCACAGGGAUACCACUCCUUAUUCUAGCAAACUACUACACUCAUGUCUUGAAACAGUUACCUCCGAUCCUGGGAUGCCUGUGAAGUGCCUGACAUCUAAUCUACUGCAGUCCAGGAGAAGGCUGGCUACAUCAAGUGCCAGCAGUCAGAGCCACACCUUCCUGUCCAGUGUGGAGUCUGAGUGCCACAGCAGUCCCAGAUGGGAAAAAGACUGCCAGGAAAGUGAUGAUGCACUGGGCUCUACAGUGAUGAGUUGGAAUAUAAUAGAAAAGUCUUCGUGUACAAAAUCUACCGAUGCCAUUGAGACAAAAGGUUUCAAUAAAAAGGAUUUUGAAUUAACCCUUUCUCCUAUUCAUAACAGCAGUAUCAUUCCUGCGACUGGAAGCUCUUGUGUAAACCUGGCUAAAAAAUGCUUCCCUGGAGAAGUUUCUUGGGAAGCAAGAGAACUGGACAUAAAUAAUGUUAAUGUGGCCACUGACACCACCCGGUGUGUUUUCCAUCAAUCGGAUCAGUGGGUUGUGGAUCCCAGUGAUGGGACUGAAGAAUACUGUGGAAAAAGAGGUUUUAAAAGAAAUUCUGAGUUAGUUGACUCUAGUCCUUGUCAGAACAUCAUACAGAAUAAAAAAAAUUGUAUAGAGCAUAAGUCUAGAAAUGAAAAAAGUAAUGGUUAUAUAAAUCAAAGGACAAGCUUAACCAAUGAAGUCCAAGACCUGAAGCUAUCGGUAUGUGAAAGUCAACAAAGUGACUGUGCCAAUAAGGAGAACAUGGUCAAUUCUUCCAUUGAUAAACAACAAACCCCAGAAAAAUCACCUAUCCCAAUGAUAGCAAAAAACCUUAUGUGUGAAUUGGAUGAAGAUUGCAACAAGAAUAAUAAGAAGUUCUUAAGUUCUAGCUUUCUGGGUUCUGAUGAUGAGAGAGCUUCUAAAAGUAUCUGUAUGGACUCUGAUUCAUCUUUUCCUGGAAUUUCUAUAAUGGAAAGUUCAUUAGAAAGGCAGUCCUUAGAUCCAGAUAAAAGCAUCAGAGAAUCUUCUUUUGAAGAAUCAAACAUUGAAGACCUACUUGCUGUAUCACCCAGCUGGCAAGAAAAUCCCUUGCCAAAAGAUGAUGAGAAUCUGGCUGUCCAAGCCAGUAGCCAAAAAAUGUUAGCUUCGUCUUCUGAUGUGUUAAAAACAUUAACCUUAUCUAAAAGAAAUGCAGUAGCUUUUCGAAGUUUUAACAGUCAUAUUAAUGCGUCCAAUAACUCAGAACCAUCCAAAAUGAGUGUUACCUCUUUAGAUGCAAUGGAUAUUUCCUGUGUUUAUAGUGGUUCAUAUCCCAUGGCUAUAACCCCUAGCCAAAAAGGAAUAUCCUAUGUGCCAUAUCAGACCCCAAAUCAGGUCAAAUCAGAAACUCCAUACCGAACUCCAAAGAGUGUAAGGCGAGGAGCGGCCCCAGUAGAUGAUGCGCGAAUUCUUGGAACCCCGGACUACCUUGCUCCUGAGCUGUUACUGGGCAGGGCCCAUGGUCCUGCGGUAGACUGGUGGGCACUUGGAGUUUGCUUGUUUGAGUUUCUUACAGGAAUUCCUCCUUUCAAUGAUGAAACAUCACAGCAAGUAUUCCAGAAUAUUCUGAAAAGAGAUAUCCCUUGGCCUGAAGGUGAAGAAAAGUUAUCAGAUAAUGCUCAAAAUGCGGUAGAAAUACUUUUAACUAUUGAUAAUGCAAAAAGAGCUGGAAUUAAAGAGCUGAAAUGUCAUCCUCUCUUCAGUGACGUGGACUGGGAAAAUCUGCAGCAUCAAACUAUGCCUUUCAUACCUCAACCAGAUGACGAAACAGAUACAUCCUAUUUUGAAGCCAGGAAUAAUGCUCAGCACCUGACCGUAUCUGGAUUUAGUCUAUAGCACAUCAUCAGUUUUCCCUUUAAUCUAAUCUUGUCUUACAGAAUAUGCUAGCAUAAUUAUAUACACCUUCAGAGUCGACUGAUCUAAGGGGGAAAAAGAAUCAUUACAUUACUUGGAUCAAUGAGUUUGCAGUGUAUGUUACAGCUUCCACACAGUUAAAAGUCUAUCAAGAUAACAAUCAGUACUUAUCUUAAUCUCAGAGUUGUAUAUAGAUCUUUAGAACCUUUUUCACUUUAUUUAUUUUGUUACUGCACUUUAUGAAAAGUAAUGCAUCAAUAAAAAUAAAAUGACACUACUCUGUUAGAAAA